AUGUCCGCCGUAGAUAACUCUGCUGCAGUCAGCGCAGCCAUCGACUCGAAGUUUCUGGACAAGCAGAGCCGCACCAUCGGUACAUACGGCCUUGAAACGAUGGCGAGGCUUAUCUCCUUCAAGGUGCUCAUCGUCGGCUGCGGUGGCGUCGGCAUCGAGUCGGCAAAGAACCUCGCACUGGCGGGCGUGCACACUAUCAUCCUCUGUGACCCCAAGCGGGCGGAGGCGAAGGAUAUGGGCGUCAACUUCGCCGUCACAGACGCCGCACUGCACGCCGGUCUCACCCGCGCCGAGGCAUCGCAGCGUUUUGUGUCUGAACUGAAUCCAAACGUCCGCGUGCGUGUUGUUGAGGCGCUCAGCGAGGUGGUGGUGAGCCAAGUGAACGCCGUCGUCUACACAUCCGCCGCCAUGGAUAUAACGAUGACAACGCUCACCAAGUGGAACACCUACUGCCACACACACUCACCGACCAUCUCCUUCAUCUUCGCCUUUCAGGGCGGUGUGCUCGGUUCUGUCUUCGCCGACCACGGCGACUGCUUCACCGUCAAGGACCCCGAUGGUCGUCCUAUGAUUCAAAAAUCCAUUCUGGAGGUCGUCACAAAACACGACAAAACUGGCGCCGCGUACACGCGCAUCCGCUACGAAACGCCGGAGGGGCAGACACCAGGGGCGCUGCGAGACUAUACACGGGUGAAGUUCACCGAGGUGAAGGGCUUGUGCCAGUCGGAUGGGAAAAGUGUGAACAACGCGGUAUUCGAUGGCGUAGUGUGCACAUCCGACCCGCGCGACACUGUGCGUAUCUACCCCUCCCUUGAGAGCCAGGGCUACUCCGCGUAUGUGUCAGGUGGUUUCCUCCACGAGCUCAAGGAAGUGCAGCAGGUGCACUUCCGCACCCUAAAGGAGGCCCUCAUGUCCCCUGGUCAGUUCGUCUCAGUGAGCCCCAUGAUGGACGGUUCAGAGGAGUCACAAUCCCAUCUUGUCCUGCUUGCAUUGCUGCGCUUUGCGGAGAAACACGGAAGGCUUCCUCAGUUGCAUAACGCAAAGGAGGCAGGGGAGUUGGUAGCACUUGGAAGGAUUAUCAACAAUGAGAACAGAGUGGCAAAGGCAAGGUUGAACGAGGAACCACACAUGAUGUUCUUGGCGCCAGAAAAAAAGGAAUUCCCUCCACGCCCCGCACCGCCACCACCACCGACGCCACUCCAUGUUGAUGCAAUCGACGAGUCAUUUGUUCGUACAGAAGCACUCCUCGCCACCGCCGAGCUGCAACCUCUUUGCGCCUUUUUUGGUGCCGUCGUCGCACAGGAGAUUGUGAAGAUUACAGGGAAGUACACACCAAUUUGUCAAUGGUUUCACUUCAGUUGUGCCACUAUGCUGCCGAGUGGUGCAAUGUAUCCCAUCUCUGAUGAAUAUAAGCCAAGAAACUCCCGCUAUGAUCACCUUAUUGCCAUGCUUGGAAAAACGUUCCAGGAGAAGUUGGGCAAUCUCCGUGUCUUCAUGGUAGGCUGUGGUGCGCUGGGGUGUGAGAAUAUCAAGAACUUCGCUCUCUGCGGAGUGGCGUGUGGACCAAAGGGGUCGUUCGUCGUGACUGACAAUGAUCGCAUCGAGGUGUCAAAUCUCAGCCGACAGUUCCUCUUUCGCGAGGAGAAUGUGGGUCAGUCCAAGUCAGCGGCAGCAGCAGCACGCAUGCGCGUCAUAAACAAAGAUGCCUGUAUUAACCCGCGGCAGGAUUACGUCGGCGCCAGCACGGAGCACGUGUACCACGAUCACUUCUGGAGCGAGCUGGAUGUGGUAGUGAACGCACUCGAUAACAUGGAGACGCGACUGUAUGUAGACCAGCAGUGCGUUAAGUAUAACAAGAUACUCGUGGAGGCAGGGACAAUGGGAACAGGCGGAAAUGUUGAUAUUGUUGUGCCAGGGAAGACGACCUCAUACGCUGACGGGGGUGCAGCAGACGCUUCUGGGGGCAUUCCGAUGUGCACGCUACGUAACUUCCCGUACAUAUUUGAUCACUGCAUCGAGUGGGCCCGCGCACAGUUUGAUGACCUCUUUGUCUCCCCGAUGCAGACCGCGGAGCAGCUGCUAGAAGACCCUGUCGCUUUCACAGAGCGUGUCCAAAAGGAACUCAAUGCAGCACAGAGUGCUGGGGAGCGUCUCAGUCUUGUUGAGAAGCACCUGGGCAGUGUGCGCAUGCUUCAGAAGACGCUGUCAAUUCUUGUUGAUGGUGUCGAUAUGGAGAAAUGUGUUCAGUGCGCAUGGGAAGUGAUGUUCCACCUCUUCCGUGACCGCAUCCUCGACUUGCAGCGCUCCUUCCCUCGAAACGCAAAGAAAAAGAACGGUGAUGAUUUCUGGUCCGGCCACCGCAAGUACCCGACGGCGUUACAAGUUGACCCCAAGACAAUAACCUCCAACCCAGACGUGGUGGAGUUCCUCAUAUCUACGACCAAUCUGUUUGCGUGCAUGUAUGGCUUGCACCCGCCGAAGCACGAGGCCCGCUUCAACGACGAGAAGAAUCGGUGGAUGCAGCAAUACCGUGCACAAGGAUGGCUCAAUAGUGUCAUUUCGAAGCGCGAUGUGCCGGCGUAUCAGCCAGGUGCAGUGGAGGGCCUCGACGAUGACCUCCUUGUCACUGUGGACAGGCACGACACAGCCAAGGCAGAAGGUUCAAAGGAUGAACAGUUGCACCAGAUGCUGAAAAGCAUUGUCGCCAUGGCGAAGCGGUGCAACAAGACGAAGGCCGCAGCUCUAGAAUUCGAGAAGGAUGAUGAUGACAACUUCCAUAUUGACUUCGUAACUGCCGCGAGUAACCUCCGCGCGUUGAACUAUGAAAUUCCGACGCAGGAACGGAUGAAGAUAAAACUCGUUGCGGGAAAGAUCAUUCCGGCGAUUGCGACCACGACAUCCGCCGUCACGGGCCUUGCCCUCAUCGAGUACUUUAAAGCCCUGCAAGGAAGCGAUGUCUCGUGUCUUCGCAACGGCAUGAUCGACGUGGGCACCAACAAUUACGUCCUCUUUGAACGUGAUACCCCUAUCAAGAACCGCACCAAGAUUGUCUCCACCUAUCUACCGGAGCAAGAUUAUACCUACAAGAAGAAGAUUGUGCGUCUGCCGGAAGGUUUCACCAAGUACGACACGAUCGAAGUUCCUGUAACGAAACGCACCACCGUGCAGGAGUUUGCGACGGCGCUGGAAAAGCAGCUGAACGCUCUGCGCCCGGUCGGUACCGAGGCGUUGUGUGAGGUGGUCGGUAUUGGUGUUGGGAAGGGCAUGCUGUGGAACGGAUCGAGGAAGCACGCCAACGCGAACCUCUCACUGAUGGAGGUGAUUGAGAAGCAGAAACUGGCGGAGGCGGGUGGGAAGUUGCCGCAGCCCUUCUGGCAGAACCGCAUUCAGUUCUGCGAGCUGUCUGUAACGGUGUCGAUGGACGAUGAGGAGGACGGAGUCGACGAAGUAGACGUGGAGACAGCAAUGAUCCGUCUGUGUAUCACACAAUAG